AUGGCGCAAGCUGAGGCAGACAGGGCCUUGAUGAAAUUCAUGACCAUAACCGAUAGAGUAGGUCAGUUCGAGGCCAGAGUCAACACCCCAGCAGUCACAAGUCCGUCAAUCCACACAAGAAGGGUGCGGCUCGAGCAGAUCAGGGCCCUAUGGGUCAAGGUGGAGAAGGAAUACGAGGCGUGCUCCGAAGCUCUGUCCGGUCUGGGAUCCACAGACACAAUAACAGUCAUGCAGUCCAAGUAUGACUACUGUUAUGCCGUUUACGAGCGGUGCGCAGCGAGCCUCAACGAGAUCAUUGAAGAAGGUUCACGCUCGCAACAGGCCGUUCAGGCCUCCAUUCCGGCGCCUCCUCAGGGAGGAGGGCGCCACAACACUCUCCUGCACCGAAACGGCACUCCACCAGUCCAGUCAGCGGUCAAUCCUGACCACCAGCCCCACGUAUCCACAUUAAACCACCAGCAAGAUAUACAGUCCACUCCAUUAACGAAUCAACCGAAUGUGCAAACGAUUCUGGCUGUAAACACUCAAGGGGUCCUCCUGAGUACAGCUUUAAUAGAGAUUUGCCAUUUAGGCAUCAAAUACUCAGCACGGGCACUUAUUGACUCGGGUUCUGAGGCAACCUUUAUUUCAGAACGCUUGUUCAUCUUGAUUAAGUUGCCUUAUGAAUCCAUCCAUGCUCAAGUUUCAGGGCUCAACCUCACUGUUGCGGCUCAGCCCCGUAAGCGCUGUCAACUCAGCAUAGGUUCUCCGGUCAAGCCCCACAUCCAAAUUAAGACUUCUGCAUAUGUACUACCACAACUGGCCGGGAGUCUCCCAUCCUUUACUUUACCUGAGGACUCUUUAAAGCAUCUGCCGCCUUUGCAACUAGCAGACCCAAAUUUCUACCGGAGUUCGCAGAUCGACGUUCUGAUCGGUGCCGAUAUCCUGCCAUCGAUCAUUCUCAGCGGCUCCCAUCCCAAUAUCUGUGGCACGCUUCUUGGCCAGGAGACCAUAUUCGGAUGGAUUCUUUGCGGUCCGAUCGCAACGAAUCCCACAAGCAGAAUAUGCUCAUUUUCGUCCCGACUAGCUGUCACCGAGUCCAGACUGGACAACAUUCUCACAAAAUUUUGGGAGGUGGAGGAUGUUCCAGUGAAGCGGGUUAGGGAAUCCACCUCGAUUUGCGAGGAAAACUUUGUCCAAUCUACCAAAAGGAACGAGGAUGGGAGGUCGAUCGCACUGGCUCAGUUCCUCCGAAACGAGAUUCGACUGAAUAAAGACGUUGCGUCAAAAAAGCAGUACGACUCAGUCAUUCAAGAGUUUUUAGAUUUAGACAGCACCACAACGAAGGUUCGCGUUGUGUUUAAUGCUUCCAAUCCUUCAUCAAACGGGAACAGCCUCAAUGAUAUCCUUCAUGCGGGGCCCGUACUGCAGUCCGAUCUUACUAUCCAGAUUCUAAAAUGGCGUUUCUUCAAGUAUGUGUUCAAUGCGGACAUCACAAAAAUGUACAGGCAAAUUCGGGUAAAUUCAACCCAUACGCGCUUUCAGAGAAUCCUCUUUCGCAAUAAGGAUGGUGAGCUCUGUGACUAUGAACUCGAUACAGUCACCUUCGGCGUAAACUGUGCGCCUUUCCUAGCCAUCCGCGUACUACAACAGUUGGCUCAGGAUAUCCGAGGCCAAUAUCCUUUGGCAAGUGACAUCAUCUCGAACUUCAUGUACGUCGACGAUGUGCUCGCAGGCACUCACACUAAGCAGUCGGCAGUUUUAGCCAUCAAGGAGCUUCGGCUGGCUCUUGAGAGUGCUGGUUUUCCAUUACGGAAGUGGACCUCGAACGAAAGAAAACUCCUACAAGAGGUUCCAAAGGAGCACUUGAUUAGUGCAGACUUUCUUGAGCUUGAAGAGGCUAGUACGGCGAAAACUCUUGGGAUCCGUUGGCAAGCUACAUCUGAUAGUUUCUUUUUUAUUCCAAUGGUGAUCCACCUCCAAACUGCUUACACAAAACGAGAGGUUUUAUCUCAGAUAGCCAAACUGUUCGACCCUGCAGGAUGGCUAUCACCUUUCGUAGUCCGAGCCAAGAUUUUUAUGCAGAAAAUUUGGCUACGGGAGCUGGGCUGGGAUCAGCCACUCCCCAGGGAUCUCGCGACCCAGUGGCGGGAGUUCCUAGAAGGGUAUCCUGCCCUGAAGGAGAUUCGUAUUCCGAGAUGGGUACGUUUCCAUCCAGCUGCGAAACUUCAGUACCAUGCGUUUUGCGACGCGUCACUGGACGCCUAUGGGGCUGCUAUUUUCGUCCGAAUCGAAACGAAGGAAGGCUGUUGUACCCAUCUACUUACAUCCAAAACCCGAGUCGCUCCUGUCAGAUCCAUCUCCAUACCACGCUUGGAAUUGUGCGGAGCAGUGCUGCUCACGGAGCUGGCAGCUCUAGUAAUUUCUGAAAUGCCUCCUGAUGUUUAUGAGACCUUUUACUGGACCGACUCCACGAUCGUUCUUGCAUGGCUGAGUAAGCCAGCGUGCACCUGGACAACAUUCGUUGCCAACAGGGUCGCAAAAAUCGAACAGUGUACCAAAGGAAGCAAGUGGGGACAUGUACGAUCCGAAGACAAUCCAGCUGAUCUGGCAAGCCGUGGCGUCUCACCCCAAGAGCUGAAGGACAGCGCACUGUGGUGGCGUGGGCCAGCUUGGUUGCACCUCAAACAGGAGCAGUGGCCGAGUGAGUUGUUGGUCCAUCCGGAGACUGAGCUUGAGCAGCGCCCCGUCAAAUGUCACACGGUCGCAGUGCCCUCAGCAGUUGAAAUCCUAGAGAGGUUCUCAGCCUUUGACCGAGCUCUGCGAGUUCUUGCUUAUGUGUUUCGUUUUGUGAAAAGUUGCCGGAGGGAAGGUGUAGCCUCAUCGGCAGAACUCACUGCGGCGGAGUUGUCGGAGGUGCAGGAGCGGUUAAUUGUGCUCACUCAGAAGAAUGAGUUUCCCGCCGAAUAUAAGGUUUUGAGCAACAAGCAACCAGUUCCACCCGCAAGCGCAAAUUCUAACCUAAACCCCUUUCUUGACGGGAAUGGUGUCUUGAGAGCAAGCGGCAGGUUACAAGCAUCUGAAAUGCUUAGUUAUGAUGAAAAACAUCCGAUCAUCCUUCCUGCACGGUGUAGGUUUGCCGAACUUCAAGUCUUGUUUAUCCAUCGCAUAUCCUUGCAUGGGGGGAAUCAAUUAAUGAUCCGACUGAUCCGUUCCAAAUUCUGGAUUCCCAAGCUUAAAAUGUUGGUGAAACGAACAAUACAUUCGUGCCGAGUGUGUGUCAUUCACAAGAAGAGACUGCAGACGCAGUUGAUGGGGAAUUUGCCCAGUGCGAGGUCCACGAUUUCCAGACCGUUCACCCAUACGGGAGUGGACUUCGCAGGACCAUUUGACGUCAAGAGUUAUGUCGGUCGAGCCUGCAAAAUCACAAAGGGGUACGUGUGCGUUUUUGUGUGUUUUACUACCCGGGCUAUCCACCUCGAAGCGACCUCGGACUUGACUACAGAGAAGUUCCUGGCCGCAUUCUCCCGUUUUUUCGCUCGGCGUGGGUGUCCACAACACGUCUACUCUGACAACGGGAAAACGUUUGUCGGAGCUUCCACGUCCUUAUCAAAGGAUUUCAUUGAAGCUACCAGAACAUCGGUUUUAUCGCAGCACAGUCUUCAGAAUGUGUCCUGGCAUUUCAACCCUCCUGGCGCACCUCAUAUGGGAGGGCUUUGGGAGGCAGGUGUGAAGAGCUUCAAGUCGCAUUUUUACAAGUACACAGCCGCUGGGAAAUACACGUUCGAGGAACUGACUACCCUCCUGGCGAAGAUUGAGGCCUGUUUGAACUCCAGGCCCAUCUCGCCAAUGUCCGAAGAUCCCACGGACCUUAUCGCUCUGAGCCCUGGGCAUUUUCUAAUCGGUGGACCAUUACUUGCGGUAGCAGAACCUGAGGUUAAAGAAGGUCCCAGCUCCAUUAUCAAUCGGUGGCGGAGGUUGAAAGCCCUGAAUCAGCAGUUCUGCCUGCGUUGGAAGGAGGAAUACCUAAAGGAACUCCACAAAAGGAAUAAAUGGAAGUUCCCAACGCGAGAUCUCCAGGCGGGAGACAUGGUGGUGAUCAAAGAGGAGAACUUGCCAUCCAACGAGUGGCGACUUGGGCGUAUCCAAGUGGUCUGUCCCGGCGUGGACGGCAAGGUCAGAGUGGCAGACGCUCUCACAGCACGGGGGGUCGUCCGAAGACCAGUGGCAAAAAUGAUCCGCCUUCCAAUGGACAGCCCGAAUGAGUCGAAUGACUCCUCCAUACUUUAA